GGCGGGGCCAUUUUCUUUCGGAUGUGAGCUGAGUGCGGAUUAAAGGCGGUGGGUGGAGAAAACCCUUUAAUAGACGCCUUGGAAUAUAUACGGAGUGCAGGAAAGGUGUCGAAACGCGUGGAGAUGGCGGACUUCGAUAGUAAUCCCUUUGCCGAUCCUGAGUUUAAUAAUCCCUUCAAGGAUCCAUCAGUUACACAAGUAACGAGAAAUCCUCCACCAGCAUUAGAGGAAUACAAUCCUUUUACAGAUGGACGGACGGCACCACCAGGAAAUGCUGAAAAGCGUCCUUUGCCUAGUACACAACCCGCUAUUAUGAAGCCUACAGAGGAACCACCCACGUAUGCACCCCGUACACAGGAAACUGCUGCAGCCCAGGCUGAGCUCCUGAGACGCCAGGAAGAACUAGAGCAAAAAGCAGCAGAGCUUGAUCGGCGGGAACGUGAAAUGAAAAAUCUCAGCUAUGAUCCUCGGAAGAACAAUUGGCCUCCCCUUCCUGAACGAUGCCCUGUGGGACCAUGUUUCUAUCAGGACCUCUCCGUAGAUAUCCCUGUUGAAUUUCAAAAAACAGUCAAGAUGCUCUACUACUUAUGGAUGUUCCAUGCAGUAACACUUCUGGUAAAUAUUAUUGGAUGCCUUGCCUGGUUCUGUGUUGAUAGCUACCGAGGUGUGGACUUUGGCCUGGCCAUUCUAUGGUUCUUGCUUUUUACCCCCUGUUCUUUUAUUUGUUGGUACAGACCACUCUACAAAGCCUUCAGGAGUGACAGUUCCUUCAGCUUCUUUCUAUUCUUCUUCGUAUUUAUCUGUCAAUUUGCUGUCCAUGUAUUGCAAUCAGUAGGAAUUCCACAGUGGGGCAACUGUGGCUGGAUUUCAGCACUUACAGCUCUUAAUAGGAGUAUUCCUGUUGGAGUUCUAAUGAUGAUUGUUGCAGCAGCUUUUACUGGCUCAGCUGUUGUCUCACUAAUUAUGUUCAAAAAGGUACAUGGAAUGUAUCGCACUACAGGAGCUAGCUUUGAGAAAGCUCAACAAGAGUUUGCAACAGGAGUCAUGUCAAACAAAACUGUUCAGACAGCUGCGGCAAAUGCAGCUUCUACUGCGGCUCGUGGUGCUUUCAAAGGCAACCAAAUUUAAGGGAGAAAUCACCAUCUCCCAAACAUCCUCCAUCUAAUCCAUGUCCCACUCCAGUCAUUGCAUACACACAGAUCCAAUGAACAUAAUCUCACCAUCGCUGCAGCAUGACCCUUUAUUUUAAGAAAAGCUCCAUGUGGCCCUUGAAUUAGGUUUAUGCAUGGGCUAAAAACUUACAAACAGUAGUAUUCUUGCUUGAAGAAAAUCUUGUUUAUUGAAUUGCUUUUUGUUUUUCAUAACCCUUUUGAAUUGUCAUACUACCCUUUUUUAAGUUUGUAAUUUGCAUGUUGUCAUUGUUUCUUUAAUAUUGUACUCGAGUUACUGAAGAAUCUUGUCUUCUGUAUGACACUGGACUGCUGACUGAUUUGCACGCAACUUAGUGAUCUUGGAGAAUUGCUUGUACUGCCAAAAGUACGUUGGAUUGGAAACUUCUUUUUCUGUAAAAAGUUUGUAACUGCCUUCAUAACAAGCACUUACAAGUUAAUGUCAAAGUAACUUGGUUGUACAUAAUUGUUUGGAUUUUUCUCAUGGUUCUCCUGAAUUAACUGAAAAUGACUGACAUUACCCUUGUAAUUUUCAGUGGUAUAAUCUUCAUGGUUAAUGUACUGUUUGUGUAGCCACAAUGAUUGAGAAGCCUCAUUUGUUCAAGUACAAACUGGGGUACAGAGUAACAAAUACCAAUUACAGGUGGCAUGAACUGUUUGGAGCCUUUUGGAAAAUUGAACUGCAGAAGUGCAUGUUGUGCCUUCCUACUAUUUGUAUAAAUUGAGUAUAAACAAAUUUCCACCUAUCGUAGACGGCUCUUGAGAAAUGCACAUCCUUCAAGUGCAAACAUUAGGGUAUACCCAUUUUAACUGAAAUUUAUAUUUUAGAACGGUCUAGUUAUUUCCACACUGACUUCCACUGUAGCAUUUCGGAUGAGAAGUGGAAAAUUUAGUUUUGUUUUGGAUCAUGACUUCAUUUCCAGGAAUGUUCAUAUUUGUUUCUAAGUGAAAUAUUGCUUUAGUUAGACUUCAAAAGGCUGUAGGAAUAGACCUGAGUAAAGAAUGGUUGAAUUGACUAAUUUUAAUGACUAAUGUCGAUGAGUACAACAUCUAAUCGUACAGCUGCUAAACCUUUCAGUCUGGUUGGUCAUUGAGCUCUUUUCAUUUUGUGAUGGGAGUUAUUUUUGCUUGUUGUUUUUGUGUAUAAAUCUGUUUCACAGUCUAGGUACAACUACUUCUCUUUAGUUUUGUAAUCCUUUUGCAUCUCUACCACCUCCUUGACAGCUGCAACUUAAAAGAAAACAGACCCGUGAUAGUCCUGAACUAAAGUUCUUGUUGCUCCUAUGAUAGGCCUGAAUAAAGAAUUGGCUUUAAUUUUGCAAAUAUUUUUGGACCUGAUUUGGUACAGUUAACAUACUUCUAGAGAAGGGAAUUGCGUAAAGUUAUUUUUCUAUACAUUGUUCUCCAACGCUUUUUUAAAGUUUGAAUCUAAAUGUCCUCAUUGGCUGCAGAUGUUUUCGAAAAGAAAGUUUUUCAAAUUUAUUUAAUCCUUGUUUCACACUAGUGUGUGGAUCAUGAACAGUUUUUUGAGACUGUUUUCUGUAAUGCUGGUGGUUAGUGCACAAAGGAGUAUUUGCUAGGUGCACAUGUGUUGGAGAUUUCUGUGGACUUCUGAACUGGUCUAAUUUGGAUCCUUUCUAUUCAUUUUGUUUCCUUUUCCCCUCUCAUUUAGAAGAGGUUGAGUUUGUGUAAUGCCUCCACACAUUCACAUGUUAGCUUGACUUGCAGUAACAAUGGAUGGUGCACCAAUUUAGUCAGGAGAUAAACUUCUGAAAUUUUUGUCCUGUUUGUACAUGCAUUAAAUGUUUCUGUAAACUUGUAUAACUGUACUGUGUACUGUGUUUUUGGGGACAAUGUAUCCAGUACUUUUAUUUUGAAGGCAGUUGUAGUGUUUUGCUGAAGGCCUAGGCAUGAUGUAUUUGGAUGUUGGAAUGAACAUUGUCUGAAAUACUAGGACUUAAAUCAAUUGUAAUUAGUAAGUUGUUGAUGUUUCUAAGUUGUGUAAAUAGACAUCCAUAAAAUUUCCACUGUUGUUCCAUACCUAUAAAUAAUACUGGUUGGGAGAAAACUGUAGAUUUUUAGCUUAAAGAAAUAGCUGUGACAAUUUAUACAGCUGGAAUCCACAAUAGGACUUCAAGUUUGGAGUUGUCCAUUUUUCCCGGAACUACCAGGGCAUGAUCAAAUAUCUUGAUUUUAGUGGUGAAUGGGCCAAGAUCAACUUGGUUGGCAGGCAGAAAUUUCAAUAAUGUAAAAUUCAUAUCUCCAAGCAUUGAGCAAUUCUGAAUUUUUUUCAAUCAUAAUGAAUAAGAUGCGUUUUCUUGCUGGCAUGUUUGGAAUCAACUUUGAAUUAAAUAUAUUUUUUAAAUAACUAGUGAAUGAAAUCUUGAUUUAUACAUCAUUUGAAAAACUAGUUAGGAAUUUGUAAAUGGAGUCCUGUUCUAAGAUUUGUGAUGUGACCAGAUACGAAGGUGAAUCAAAGAGCUUCAAAUGGUAAGUGACGAAUUGCUCUGUUACGUAUACUUUUAUGGUGGUAAAUAUAUCAAUGUUACAAAAGACCAUGAGGACACUUCACUAGUUAAUGUAGUUAGCAAUGUUGCUGUUUUCUACUUUUUAAAAAAAAUUAGUUAUGUCUCACAGUUGAGGUACUGUGAUUAUAUUUUAACUACAUUGUGACAUGAAGUACAUUAGUAUUAUGUCAGCUGAAACAGCAAUCUUUUUAUACUGCUUUUCGUUUUAACAUGGGUAUGUAGGACUCAAACUUCAACAAUGAUUCUUUCCUUGAAGUAAAUGGAUAAGAGUAACUUGAACAAGUCUUGCUUUGUUAUUCCACAUCUCUGCAAAUGUUUAGGAAGUGUAUGUUAAAUGCAGAUGAAGAAUUCUUUUUAGAACAGAAUUAAGUGGUGUAAAGAUGCUGGCGUACUUGUCCUUGGGAUUUGUGCAGUGAUGAAUACAUUUGGUGUUGAAGGAUGUUUAUUAGCCGGUGGAUUAUGUAAAUGUCCUAUGAAGUUAGUGGCAGAGGUUCUGAAUUUGCAGCCAGAUAAUUUUUAAACUUCAAAUAUUGCGUUUCUUUUAGGUGUUUGAUUGUUCUGCCUAUUUAUAUUUGUAGCUUUGCAUUUUUUUUGUUUGAACUAUAUAGAGAUAAAGUAAGAAACUUGAUUGUUCUCAACUUACAAUUAAACAUUUCUUCUAUUUUUCUUAAAGGUUAAAUUAAAUGUUUUUGUAAAAAAAAUUGAUUGAAACAAGCUUCUGUAAGGAGGGUGAAAUGGAGGAAUAUAACAAAUAAAACUUUCUGCAUGCUUGUAAAAGGAGAAACAAAACUCCAGUGGGAGGGACGUUUAUUUGGAUUUACAGUAGGUCCAUGUUAUAAACUACAUGGGGCCUAUUUGUGUAAGUGAUUACAUCUAAAAUGUAAUUGAGCUUAACAGACCAGAAAGAUUGUAGGUUUUUAUCCUAGACCCAAGGAAUUAGGUAAAGCAUCCAGAUAGAAUCCUGUAGUAAUGAAGAAAAAAAAUUAGAUACUUUUUUGGAGAAGCGUACUAGUGAAGACUAGAUCAGACUUAAUUUUUGUUCUGUGCUUACUAAUACCACUUAAAUAAACCAUGAAGAGUAAUCAUAUGGGCAAGAAGCUAGCGUUCCUGGGAAGCACCACUUUGGCAUGAUUUGUGCUUUUCCGGGAGAAACUAUGAUCUGAAAUCUAAAAGUGCAAAGCAGAAACUUGAGCACUCAUAAUCCAGUUGAAAUUUUAGCAUUUAUAAUUAACAGAAUUUCUAUCUGUAAUAGAAAUUAAAUUCAGAAACAUUCAGCAUUGAGCAGCAACUUUGCUUGAUUUCUUUGGUAAAUGUCAAUUAAAGUAUAAGUUUUAUUUUAGUACUUAACUUAUGUUAGUGUAGAUAUUGUUUAAUGCUGUUGAGCAAUACGCUAGCUUUACACACUUUUAUAUUGUAAUUCUUCUAAUAGCUGUCUUAAUUGAUAAUUCCUAAAUUGAUCUAUCGCAACAGGAGUAUAUUUAAAAGGAAAUGUUUUUUAGAAUGAGUCAAAUGAUUAAAAAAAAACCUAAAUUUAUUCCUUAAUCUUACCCAAAAUUUUUUUCUUUGAAUGAAGCAUUCUAAAAAUACACACUUGCCAAAGAAAUUAUUUGCAUCCCACAAUCAGCAAAACACCUAGAUGUUGGAUAUUUAAGUGUGAACUUUUUUUCAGUUCAUUUUAAAUGUUCAGAGUUUGAUUUUCUGUCCACAUCUCUUGUAUGCUAUCCAACUGAUGUCCCAAUUACAAUUCUUUUGACAAUAGUAGCUCUGCUUCCUCUUGGGUUGUGCAAAUUACCAGUUUGUCAUGUGAGGAACUUGCAAUGUGAUGCACUGGCAUUUGCAUUCAGCAGAGAAUCAGUGGUGUUCAUUGCUGACCUCUCCUGGCAGUAUAGAGAUCUAUUGCCAAAUGGAGAUCUCCAAGAAGCUGAUCACAUUAAAGUGUUCUCACAAACAAAAUAAAUCAGGAAGGUAAAAUCUCCACAUCCCAUCACUAUUAAUUUAAAUUUUAGAUAGUAAUAUAAUAUUGUUUAUUAUACUAGCUUCUGUCUUAAUCCGAACUCAAUGUGGAGAAAUUUGACAUUGCAAAAGCAAGUUGCUAUUCUGAAGAAAUGAGUAUUCAGCAUUAAUUAUAAAUUUUAAUACUGUCUAAAAAAAAGUUACCCCUUAAGGGAAGACUGAGGUAUUGUGAUAUCAUCACUUGAGUAGUAAUCCAGAAUUAAUAUUGGGUUAAUAUUCUUGAAACCAUGGGUUUGAAUUCCACCAUAGUCAAAUUUGAAUUCAAUAAAAAGCAGGCCUAAUGGUGACCAUGUAAUCAUUGUCAACAGUCAGCAAAAUCAUUCAUGCCCCUUAGGGAAGAUAAUCUUUACCUGCUUUGGGGGUGGGGGUGUGAGAGAGCAGGGAGGUGUGUACAUAUCACUCCAGGCUCAGUAAUCAGUUGGCUCUUACCUAACCUCUGCGCAGUUAGGGAUGGGCAAUAAGUGCUGGCCUAGCCAGCAAUGCCCAAGUCUGAAGAAAGACCUUGUUUUUUUUAAAUUCAUUUUCAUUUUGAUCAAAACUGAUUUGUAUGAAAGCAUAAUGUUUAAUCAGGACCCACAACUAGUCUGUUUCCAUUCUGUGUGACUCAAGAAUAAAAUCAAUGGCAAUACCUUCCGGAUUGUGUGCACAGAUUCCAAAAGUAGUUAGUUUCUGCAGAGUGAUGAGAAUUUUGCCAUUAUUGCCACCAUAAACCCCAAGCUGAUAUCUUAAUUGAAAAGGAAAAUUAACAGAAUGAUAUUCCAAAUUACCCACAUUUUGUUUUGAAAAAAGGAAACUUCUCAACCUUCAAACCUUUAUUCUUAGAUGCAUUGUUGCCAACCUGAUUUAUCUUUUUUUUGUAAUGUAGCAGAAAGGACCUUUCUUCUAAACUAGCAACUGGAUUCCCUUGAAACAUUCACUUUUGGAUUUCAUUCUUGUUGCUGGCUUUUUUUUAAAAUAUCAUUUGAUAGGUUAUGUUCUGAAAUGACAAAUUAGAAAUUUCCAAAAACAAUUGCUUUUUUAAAAAAAAAGUUUGAAAAUUUAGUACUGCAAUAUGAUAAUCCACUUGGGUUGUUUCAAGAUUAGAAACACAAGCAGCAACAUUUGAAGAGUAAUUUUUAGUGAGGCAGUAUCCAUUAAUGCACUUUGCAUUGUGAAACACGUAUGGUCUAAUUGGGUAGAAUGUAUAAAAAGAUUAAUUUUAUACAGAUACUUUACUCUUCAGAGAAUAUUGUUUCACCUGAUUUUUGAACUAUCUGUUAGCCUUACAAUUUGUAUUAGACCAUAUUAGCAUUCGUAGAGUUUGAUUUUUAUGAACAAAACUUAUACAACACAAUGCUACAAUGUCUCACACUCAUCUAUGUAUUGUUCUUUUUAUCUAAAAGCCAUGAAAGGUUUUGUUCUUGUACUAAGUAUUUAAUUCAAACUCUACUUGAAGAUGUGGAUUUCCAUGUUUGCCUUGCAAUUGUUAGCUUUUGAUUUAUUAAAAUCUGAUAUUUAUUUGUAUAUUUUGUAAAUUGCAUUCUGCCAUUGUUUUGAGUUGCAGUACACUGUACAAAAUGCUCUCUCCAUUCUAUAAUAAAAACUACAA